AGGAAGGAAAAGAACAAGAAAAAUAUGCAACCUGAUCAUAAGCCUGUAGAGUAAUUCUCUGCUUUUUAUAAUAUUUUUCGGGUCUACCUCGGGUUCCUUCAUUUCGUCGAAAUUCGGUAUUUUACGAUGAUACACGCAACACGACGGUUUCCGGUAGAACGCGCUAAAUCGUUGUCUAAGCGCCCAUCAAUCGAUGCCUCUAACUUUUAAGGUUAUAAAUCGUUGUUUUCAACUGAUUUCGACCAGCGAAUUUACCAUUUAAUUUUCACACGAGUUAUUUAAUUAGCCUAUUAGUUUGCUUAGAUAGAGAUCAUUGCCGAUAAGAACAAAGUAUUGCACGCGGAAAGUUAACAGAAAAUCGCAUACGGUAACUGUCAGAAUGACCGAUGUGCUCAAGUGUUCGGGGGCCAGUUCGAAUUUUUUGAAAGAGAGAAACGCGCCUAGAACAAAACGCAGGAAGUUGUUGUCUUCGGACUACACUAUCAAAAAAAGACAACCUUUCAGUCUAUUGAGAAAACGGAAGAAAGAUAUAUUUGUUACUAAUAAAACAAAUAUUAAGGCUCAGUUGAAGAUAUGUGAGAAACUUCUUAACAAUGGUGCCUGCGAACUGAUCAUUCAUGGUCUUGGAGCUGCUGUACUCAGAGCUUGUAAUUUAGUUCUUCAGUUGAAGGAGAUUCAUUAUGGUGGAAUCGAAUUAGAUGUCAAGACUUCUACUACGUCUAUCAUUGAUGACUUUGAACCUCUUCACGAUAAUGCCGAUUAUGAAACAAUUAAUAGGAAUAAUUCUGCCAUACAUAUUCGUGUAUUUAGAAAGUUUUCAGUAGGUAGUCUCAAGUAUCACGAAUAGCGGUACAAGACUUAAGAAUGUUCGAUGGAUUAUCGUGAUAAAAAUCUAAAUAAUAAACAAAGGAUUGUGAUAUGAUAAA